CAGCGCUGGGGCGGCCGGGGAGGAAGUGGGAGCCGAGCCCGGCGCGAUGUCGGAGCUGGAGCAGCUGCGGCAGCGCGACAUCCCCGAGGGCCAGCAGCUGCUGCGCGACCAGCACGACAACCUGCACAGGGUGGCCGAGUACUGCCACAGCAACUACCUGCAGGCCAGCGACAAGAGGAAGGCGCUGGAGGAGACGAUGGCUCUGAGCACGCAGUCCCUGGCGAGUGUCACCUACCAGGUCAGCAGCCUGGCCACCGCCUUCCUGCGCCUGCUGGACCUGCAGGCGGCUCAGCUGCGCCAGGUGGAGGCCGACGUCGCCUGCGUGGCACAGAGGGUGGACAUCCACAAGGAGAAGGUGUCCCGCCGGGAGAUCGGCUCGCUGACCAUCAGCAAGAGGUUCCCGACCUACCAGAAGAUCGUGGCCCCCCCAAACCCCCCUGUCCUGGAGCCCUAUUACAGGAAACCCCUCAACUUCAGCGUCCUGGACGACAUCGGCCACGGGAUCAAGGACACCAGCACCCAGCUGUCCCGCACCGGCACCCUGGCUCGGAAGAGCACCAAAUCCUCGUCGGCACAGGCUGCAGGAACCCUGGGGAGAAGCACCCGUGUCCCCGAGCCCAUCCAGCCGCCCGUGGUUCCCGAGGGAAAGCUCUCGGCAGCCUCCUCCACCUCCUCGCUGGUGUCCGUCAGCUCCAGCGGAGCCCCGGCAGCCCCUGGGGAAGGAAUUCCUGCCCCACCGCCCCUGCCAGGGCCAUCCCUGCUGGCACCGUCCCCUCCAGGGCCACCCCCGCCGCCUGCAGCUGCCGUCCCACCGCCGCCACCUCUCCCCGAGGACCUGCUGCCACCUCCUCCAGGGGACCUGGCUGUGCCCCCCCCGGACCUCCUGCCCCCAGCCCCCGAUGACCUCGAGCUGCUGCCACCACCAUCAACUGUGCCCGACUUCGAGGACCUGGCCCUGCCACCGCCUCCAGCUGCAGAGGACCCUCCGUGGGCCCCGGAGAACUACCUGGAGAAAGUGGUGGCCCUGUACCCCUACACGCGGCAGAAGGACAACGAGCUCUCCUUCGAGCCCGGCACCCUCCUGUUCGUCACCCGCCGCUACUCGGACGGCUGGUGCGAGGGGGUGAUGGGCCAGGAGGAGGGGUUCUUCCCCGGGAAUUACGUGGAGCCCUUCUGAGCCCCUCACCCCUCACCCCACACCGCGCUUCGCCUCGAAAUUUCGGCUUGUGCACCGCUGGGAAUGCGCAGGGCUGCGGGGGGUUGGCAGCCAAGCCGGCUGGCACCGCUGGCACAGCUUCCAGAGCGUUCCCCCUCUCCCCCAUGCCUCCUCGGGAGGGUUUGGGGCCGGGACACCGAGCUGGGAACGCGGCAGGCAGCCCAGGCUGAUCCUAGGAUGCAGCCCUGGAUGCCAGCCCAGGAACAGAACGCUGGGCACGGAGCAGAGUGGGGACAGCAGCUGCUCGCUGUCCCCGUGGGCUCCAGGGAUGAUCCAGCCCCAAUCCCCCACCCCAGAGGGUCCCCUGCUCGUCCCUGACCCCGCUCUGCUGCUCCAACGCCGCUCCCCAAACUCGCAGCAGCCCAAGGAAGAGGAACAACGUUUUGGUGAGGGUCAGAGCUGUUCAGAGCCGGGCUGACAACCUGGACACAACAAGCUCGUGGUUGCAGCAAUACAGAGAGCUCUGCCUGUGUACGUCCA